CUUUCUUCAUUAUAAUUUCGAUAUAAUGCAUCUUGUUUUAAUUAAUAAAACCACACCCAGAUGACUCCGAUUAAUAAUAAGGUAAAUUCUAAUGAUGAUUGGGAUACUGAUCCAAAUUUCAAUGAAAAUGGUGUAGAUGACCAGCCUAGAUGGGGAUGUAAAUCGAUUAUGACUGGGAAUGAAGAAUCCAUAAACUUUACAGAGUUGAGAGAAAUUGUUAAAAAAUCUCAUGAUGAUAUUAAACAAAAAGAAAUGGAGAAUAUGCCCAAAGCCUCUUUUGGGUAUGGAGGAAAAUUUGGAAUUGAAAAAGACAGAAAAGAUAUUAACGCGGAAGGAAAUGAUUACGUUGCCAACGUCCCUAAGCAUCCAUCCCAGACUGAUUACAAUAUAGGGUUCGGGGGAAAAUACGGCGUUCAAACCGAUCGGAAGGAUAGUUGCGCCUUGGGGUGGAAUCACGUCGAAAUCACCGAAAAACAUUCAUCACAAAUAGAUUACGCUAAAGGAUUCGGCGGAAAAUAUGGAAUUUCAAAUGGAACAGCUGAUAAAUCGGCUCUCCCCUGGGAUUACAAAGAGGUCAUUGAACCUCACUCAUCCCAAAAAGAUUAUGCUAAAGGAUUUGACGCCAAAGUUGGCCUUCACAAAGAUUGCCUCAAGAGAUUAGCUUUGAAGGGAGAAAGCAAGGAUAAGCAGGAUUUACACGCGUCUCAAAAAGAUUACUCCUUCGGUUACGGUGGAAACUUUGGCAGUCCCACGAUCGAUCAAAAGAACGGAGAGUUAUCAACGAAAAACGAAGACAACUCUCCAUCUCAAAUUACACCGCACGCGAUCGACCCCGGGCUCGAUUUAAAUUACGAUAUCAAAAGCGCGAAAAAAUAUUUCGAAAAACAGAUAACCGCUUGCCAGAAAAAUUCGACCAAUUUUAAUGCCAUAACAGGAAAAAUACGCAAAUUCGAUUCUAACAACUGUAGAAAUAAUGAAAAUAAUAAUAAAGGUGUCAAUGCCUCAACUAUCACCAAAUCAUGCGUCAUUCAAACCAGUGCUCAAUAUAACAGGGAGGUCGAACGGGUUAAUAAUAAGGAUCAAGCUCCCUUAAAAAGUGUUAGCGAUAGAAUUCACAAUUUCGAAAAUGCUAAAAAUAUGCCAAUCAUUUCUAAUACUCCAAACAAUUCUUUUUUAAACUAUGUUAAUGAAUUGUCAAAGGACUCUAAGAGCAACUUUGCUGAAAAUGAAAGAGCUCAAAAUGGGAAGCAGAUUGAGGAGCAUAUUAACGGGGAUAGAAUUUCAGAAAGUAUUGGCAAGACUCCAGUUAAUAUGUCCCGUCUAAAAGAUUCAUAUGACCAAAUCGAAUCUACCAAUCAAAGCCCUAUUACGAAUGGGAUAUUCGAGCUUCGGGAUCUCGUCUUAGACUCAAAUGGACAAUUAGCUGGCAAGGAUAAUCUCCCUGAUAAUUUUAUUAACAAUAAUGGGGUUUGCCACCAAGCAGAUAGCCAAGAUGCGGGUAAGUUAAUCGAAAAUGUUAGUGAAAAUAAUGGUACCCUGUCUAAUGAACAAUUUAGACACGAUGUUAAUAAUCCCGACGAUUUGGGGAUUACUGCGAUAGCUAUGUACGAUUAUCAAGCAAACGAAGAGGAUGAGCUUACCUUCGACCCUGGAGAAUUGAUAACCCAUAUUGAUAAAAUCGAUGCUGGUUGGUGGAAUGGUAUGUGUCGGGGUAAGAUGGGCCUGUUUCCUGCUAAUUAUGUUCAACUCAUUAAUUCCGAAUAAAUAUUAUAAUGGAGACGAUAAUAAACACAUUAUCUUAAUUCUUGCGCAUUUAUAAAUCAUCCCCGUUUAAUUAACCCGACUAAUGGCGAAAGCGAGGAAGCGUGUUUUUGGAUUAAUAAUAUUAAAAGAGUCUUCCCAUUACGAUUUUGGUUUUAACUAAACAAUUUAUUAAAAUAUUAAUAAUGUAUAAACAUAUGACGAUUCAUGUAAAUAUAUUAUUAUUAAGGAAUUUUUAAUUGCAUCAAUGUCCACAUACAUUUACAAUGACAAAUUUUACAAAAAUACAAGACGUAAAUUAACACUUAUAAAAAAAACACUUAAAAAUGUUAUAAGUUUCUAUUCUAAUAUUUAUUUUGUAUCCCUUCAUAGAAAAUCAAAACUCUUGACUAUUGGCCAAUCAUAUACCUUUACAUAUUAUUUAUUGAUAAUCAAUCAAACAAAAUAUUUUUCUCUUUGUUUUUACUUUUAUAUAUUUUAUGGAGAACUGAGAAAUAAUUAAAUUUUGGUGAGUCUAUUCAAUCUGAAAUCAGGCUAUCUUUUGAUAAUUUUUUUUUGGUCGAUCCAAUUUUUAUAUGUAUAUUUUUUUUAAUAUCGCCUUUAUAUUUUAAAUAUAUUAUUAAUUUUUUUAUAAAUUUAUUUACAAUACUAAAACUUAUAAUAAUAUAUAACGCGAAAAA